CGGAAGUGAUGUAAUUUCCGGGAGUGGCCGGACCAUUAGGCGAUUCUCUUUAGUGUUUGCCCUGUCUACUUUCUCUGCUCUACCUCACCUAUAUUUAAUUCAAAACCCCCACUAUAUCACUCCCCUAAAAAUUGGACGCUAAUGUUAACGUGCUUUCUCAUGGAGUAAUUUACCACCGGGACUAAGUAAGACGAGGCAGAGCUUUGCAGUCUUCUACUUUUCUAAAACACCCACUCUCCUUUUACAAAAGCUCAUCAUUGUCCUGUGAGAAUCCUGUCCCAGACUGCAAAGCAUCUUCCUAACCAUCAGCCAGAAUGUCCCAGCUUCAGUUCCAGUCUCCUGGCAGCCCUGUACCCAGUUCUGCUCCUUUACAGCUAGCACAGCCCCAACCUGGCUUCAGCAUUCCUUCUGCUACUGGCUCCUUACCUUCAGAAAGCGCCAGUCACCCGCUGCGAAGCUCCGCCCUGCCCUCCGCCUCGGCUACACCCUUCUGCAACCCUACAGCUUCUAACAUGGCAAACCCUAAAGAGAAGACCCCCAUGUGUUUGGUGAAUGAGUUAGCCCGUUACAAUAAGAUCCAGCCUGAGUACAAGCUACUCAGUGAGCAAGGACCAGCCCAUUCCAAAAUAUUUACUGUGCAGUUGACUCUGGGGGAGCAGCACUGGGAUGCAGAGGGCACCAGUAUAAAGAAAGCUCAGCACUCUGCAGCAGCCUGUGCUCUCGGCCAGACCACACUGCCCAAACCCAAUAACAGAAUCCCACGACACCAAGGCAGGAACCCAGGUGGGUUCUACAGAGGCCCAGAGUCAGAUAGCAUGACGCACACUGUGGAGCUGAAUGCACUUUGCAUGAAGUUGGGGAAGAAGCCAAUCUAUAAACUUAUAGACCCAUACCAAGGCAUGAGACCCACAUUCAACUACAAUAUCAGAGCACCGGGGCCUUAUGCUCGCUCCAUGCAACAGUAUUACUACCCGUUUCCUCCGGUGGCACCGGUGCUGUAUCAUAUGGAGCUAUCCAUUGGAGGGCAGCAGUUCCAUGGAAAGGGCCGCACACGCCAGGCGGCUAAACAUGAUGCUGCUGCUAAAGCUAUCAAAUCACUGCAGAAAGAGCCACUGUUACAGCAGCUAGUUGAAAUGAAAAAAGAAUCAGAAGAAGAAAACCUCAACAAAUCUGAGAUCAGCCAAGUGUUUGAGAUUGCACUGAAGCGGAACAUGCCUGUGAACUUUGAGGUGCUGAAAGAGGCAGGACCACCUCAUAUGAAGAGCUUUGUGGUGAAAGUGACUGUGGGAGAGUUCACUGGAGAAGGGGAGGGCAAGAGCAAGAAGAUCGCCAAGAAACUAGCUGCCAUUGCUGUUCUGGAGGAGCUGCGGAAGUUGCCACAACUACCAGUCAUGGACAAGAUGCCACCUCGUAUUAAAAAGAAAACCAAAUCCAUUAUAAAGCUGCAGACCAGUCCAGAAUAUGGGCAAGGAAUAAACCCAAUCAGCAGACUGGCUCAGAUCCAGCAGGCUAAGAAAGAGAAAGAGCCUGAGUACAUCCUAGUAACUGAGAGAGGACUGCCUAGACGUAGGGAGUUUGUCAUGCAGGUGUCAGUCACUGGUCAGACUGCAGAAGGUAUGGGUCCAAGUAAAAAGGUGGCCAAGAGGAAUGCAGCAGAGAAGAUGCUGGAGCUCUUGGGAUUUAAAGUGCCUCAACCUCAGCCUCCCAAACCAGCACUGAAAACAGAGGAGAAGCCUCCUCUGAAGAAACCUGGAGAUGGACGUAAAGUGACCUUUUUUGAGCCAGGCUCUGUGGAGGAGGGGGGACUGGUCUCAAAGGAGGAGGAUUUCCGUGUGCCCUUCCUCAGCCAUCAGCAGCUUCCUGCUGGCAUUCUACCCAUGGUGCCUGAGGUGGCACAAGCGGUUGGUGCCAGCCAGGGACCCCAUGCCAAGGACUAUGGCCGCCCCAACCAGGCCAAGGCCUCACUGACAGCAACAAUUGCCAACGAGCUGCUGUACGCUGGUACUUCCCCCACAGCUGAAGGCAUACUGAAGGGAAGUAAAAACCUAGCAAUGAGACCCCACGGACCCUUCACUAGACCAUCUGAACAGCUUGGAUACCUGGCCACUGUACAAGGCCUACAGGUAGAAUAUAAGGACUUUCCAAAAAACAACAAGAACGAAUUUGUGUCUCUCAUCAACUGCUCUUCUCAGCCACCUCUCAUAAGCCAUGGUAUCGGGAAGGACGUGGAGUCCUGUCACGACAUGGCUGCAUUCAACAUAUUGAAGCUGCUCUCAGAGUUGGACCAACAGUCCAGUGAACGGCCAGCCAACGGACCAAUUUCUGGGUGCGGCAAACAAGAUCUUGAAGGUGACGCGUUGCUCAAACCGGCUAACUCAAGCACCAUGGGAAAAACUCUGGACGGCGCUGUGUAGAAUAUCUGAUUACUGAUGGUGGUGCCAUUUCGGAAACACUAGAGAAAAGACAGGGGCAGAGUUCUAAUUGGCUGCUUUCAAAAGCCUUGUUCACACUGAAUUUUAACCUUUCUAAAGUGUUGCAGUUUCACAGUUAAACAAGAUUAACUGAGAGAUUUCUCCUACUUGAUGUUUAAUUGUAAUCAUAGUUGUUUUGCUUCAUCAUAUCCAGUGGUGCUUUUUUUUUUUUUUUUUUUUUUUUUUUUUUUUUUGGAUUGCAAAAAUGAUGUGAACUGUAACUUGAAUAGACAGCUUUUUUUUCUCUGUUAAAAAGUAAGCCAUUCUAAUGUCGUAUUUCUUUCUUUUUUUUUUUUUUUUUUAAUGCUUCAUUAUGAGCACGUAUAGAGGAUGUGCAGCUAUUGUGAUGUGCAGUAUGAAAUGCGCUUAGGAGGAUAUAAUGAAGCUAAGGCACGAGCUCUCUGUCAUAUUGGAUUUUCUCCAGUGCUUUUAAGGUGGCAACCAUAAAAAGCAUUAAUUUGCAUUUCCAUGUAGGACUGGGAAAGUAUUUUCUUAAUCCCUGUUUGAUGUAUGGUGGUGUCCUGUGAUGUCGUGUGUGUGUGUGUGUGUGUGUGUGUGUGUGUGUGUGAGAGAAGGUUGUUAGUGUCCAGUUGUUGUGGUUAAAGCACGGCUCAUAACCCACUCCUACAGUCAAAAUCAUGCACCCUCUCCCUCAGUGUAAACCCGUUUUUCUGCCAGUUGGUUCCCAUUUUUUUUCCCCUCAUGGAAUGCAAGUAAAAUUCUAUUCUAAAA